AUGGUUGGUAUGCUGGCUAUUGCCGGGGUCCCGAAGCCAUGGGUAUCUUCUCCAGAAUAUUGCUCUGGGCUCCCCAGUAUUAUCUCAGAUUCGUCUCCCUCUUUAUCUGGCAGCCCAAAGUAUUUGGAUGAGCAUUCCCUCAGUCUCUCAAGUGACUGGCAUUCAAAUACUUGCUCUUCUGAACCAAGUCCACAUCCUAAUUUCCGUUUCCUUCAUCACUUGCCCACAAACCAAACACAAUACCUUCCAGAAGCCAUGCUUAGCCCACGGAGUUUGGCUGCUCAUGCUGUCCCUUAUCAAAAUAGCAUCUACCCCAUGCUACACAGAGUGGGAGAUCAAUAUGGAACUGAGUAUGCGCAGAAUGUCUCUCCUUGCAUGGCAAGACCCGAUAUCAGGAGGAGUAUCCCAAAUAACAACAAUGGUUAUUGCGAAUCCUACAGCGGGACUUUGGAAAACUACGAUGAAACUUUCAACCGUCACAGAGUGGGCUCCCACGCUGGGCUAGUCCACCCAAUUCCAAGAAACUCACACAUGGCGGCCAACAAUCUUUCAUUCCUAUCAGCCACCGAAGACACUCCAUCUAUUGCUUCGUUCGAUGUCCCAAAUGAGCAAAAAGGCUGUGCUAUCCCCAACCAGCAGUCUGCUUAUGUCCCAAGCAUGACUGGCUACAAUACGAACCAGAGUGAUUUCAAUUUCCAUACACACAAGGCACACAUGGAUCUUCACACCUCUCCAUACACCAAAUUCACUAGCUCUGAGAAUGGCCCUGCAUGUAGCUCGUGGAGUAUGAAUACUGAGCCUGAUAUGUGGUAUCAUUCUCGCGUCACUAGUGAUGCAGCUGAUGAUAUGACUUGGCUGACCGCCAGCACUUAUGAAGGGCCUUGGUCCGUCAAUCAUCCAUACAGACACGCAAAACAGACCUCAAUUUCCGUUGUCACUACCCAUGGCUUGCCAAUGCCGCCUUUUGACCAUAUUGUCAUGUCUGGGACCACUUCUUCAUUCACCCAAGAGUCUUUCGCUUCGGUCCCAAGGCCAACAGUAAUCCAAGUGCCCCAGAACCAGCAACCCUUCCCAGACAAUGGAUACGCAUCGAGCUCUGGGGCUGUUUACUCCGACACAGAGGCUGGAUCGUUCGACCAGCUGCCACUGAACGGACCCAGUCCCUCAUAUGUUCACCCCACAACGGAGGAGUCAGCGUCUCCUCAACCAGCCAGCGACGACCGAGCCACCAUUGAAGCAAGCCUUCACUACAGCGAUGCCCGUAAUGCAUUUUUGAUUGACUGCAAGCGGCACGGUCUCUCCUACAAAGAUAUCAAGAGAAUUGGCGGAUUCAAAGAGGCAGAGUCUACACUACGUGGCCGAUUCCGCACUUUGACCAAAGCCAAAGAUCAGCGCGUGAGGAAGCCUAAGUGGCAAACCAAGGAUAUCAAACUCCUCCGCGAAGCUGUAUUUGUCUGCUCCGAAUCCCCUGAGGCAUACACUUCCAUCGUACAGCUCAGUAUUAACAUGCACCAGCCGCCUAAGGUAUCCUGGAAGAAGGUUGCAGAGUAUAUUUGGAGUCACGGUGGAUCAUACUAUUUCGGAAACGCUACAUGCAAGAAAAAGUGGUGCGAGAUCCAUGAUAUCAAGCUUUGA